AUGACGCAGCUCGUGUUGUCGACUGGCAAUGUCAUGUCAACCGGCCCCUCGAUCAUUCGUAGACCUGGCGCAGCAACACGAUCCAAUCUCGAGCUCGUCAACUCCCUUCGCGACGCCUUCAUAGCUGCCCAGCAGGACUACGCCCUUCAAGCGAACGGCGCCGCGAACCGUAUCUCUGCUCUGGACAUUUGGACCGAGCGCACGGGAAAUGACGAGCUGUACAUUCCCAAGAUAAACUGGUCCGGUGCCGGUCUACGGGACGAUGCGAGCCAGUACGAAAUCACAGUCAAGCUGUUCCUUCUCCCGGACACCCCCGUCCAGGAGAGGGAGGCGUAUGUCACGCGAGCUCUGGACCUGGUGCGCCGGGAAUUGAAAAUCGAGAAAAUCCACCUCCUCGUGGUAUCCUUCCCAGGCAUGUCCUUCGAGGGCGACUGCGAGUGGGAGGCAGACAAGCUCAACGCGCAGCAAGGCAGCCUAGACGAAGAAAUAGCGACAUGGGCCAUCUUUGAGAAGCUGCAUACAUCAGGCCUCGUGGAAAGACUCGGCGUAUCCGAAUUUGGAAGCGAGAAGCUGGACGCAUUCAUCAGACGAACGGCCGUGCCGCCUGCGGUGGACCAGAUCAACCUCAAGAAUUGCUGCAAGGUGCCGCCACCCCUCAAGCAACUGGCCGAGAAGCACGGCGUGGAGCUCAACGUACAUACGGACUGUACGGACAUUCUUCCCAAUGGCACACUCAGAGAGCUACUGGGACCUUCGCCGGCAGGGGCAGGUGUUCUGGCCGAUACAAAGGCUGGAGCGGAUGGUCUGAAAGGGGAAGUGAGACCACAGUGGGUAGCGCGAUACAUGGCCUUUGUGAAGGACAGAGGUGUCAUUGAGAACAAGGGGUACUUUGCCGGGGCGGAGUUGGACGCGACUUUAUGA